AUGGGCCUCAGCAACGGCGCCGUCAUCGUCAUCGUCAUCGUCGCCUGUCUCGCCGCCGUAACCCUCGGCGCCGCGCUCUUCCGCCAGUACAACCCGGCCGAGGCCCAAGGCACGCAGGACUUUCCACGCGAGCAGCAGAUGUACAUGCGUUCCGUGCGGUUGAAGAACAUGGGGUACAACUAUCGCGAGUCGAAGACGCCCAUGCCGAGGGAUUUGGAGUCGGCGAUGACCGCGGACGAUUCAUCAAGGUAUUAG